GCAGAGUGGCAACAUCUUGUUGUUAGCGGUGGACAACAAGGUCGAAAGAACUGUGCGAAAAACAUUUAAAUAUUCUCAAUAUAAAUAUAUAGAAACAUGUUUAGUUCCGUAGUAAAAGUUACAACUCUUGCACCAUCAUGUACCCAGUUCCGUGGAAUGGCUACCUUAAAGGAUAUUCGUAUGAGGCUCAAAUCAGUAAAGAAUAUUCAGAAGAUCACCCAAAGUAUGAAGAUGGUGUCUGCCGCAAAAUAUGCUCGUGCAGAAAGAGAACUAAAGCAAGCUCGUCCUUUUGGUGAAGGUGCACAAUCUUUUUAUGAAAAGGCUGAAGUCAAGGGAGAUGAUAAAAAACCUGGUACAUUGAUAGUUGCUUUAACUUCUGAUAGAGGCCUUUGUGGAGCUGUUCACUCAAAUGUCUCUAAAAAAAUCAGAGGAAUGCUUGCUUCAGUGGCUGAUAAUUCUGAUAUGAAGGUUUUAUGUAUUGGUGACAAAUCUCGGGCCAUGCUUCAAAGGCACUUUCCACAAAAUAUCAUUGCUGUUUUCUCUGAUUAUGGUAAGAAACCCCCAGUAUUUGAGGAUGCAACUACUAUUGCUGAUUACAUCAUCAAUUGUGGUUUCCAGUUUGAAAGGGGUCUUAUUGUAUUUAAUAAAUUCAAGUCGGUUGUCUCUUACAGUACUACAGAAAUUCCAGUUUUCAGUGCAGAAGCUAUCAGCAGUGCUGAAAAAAUCAGCAUAUAUGAUAGUCUGGAUGCAGACGUAAUUAAAUGUUACCAAGAAUAUUCUUUAGCUAGUAUGAUAUUUUAUGCCAUGAAAGAAAAUGCGUGUAGUGAGCAAAGUUCCAGAAUGACUGCUAUGGACAGUGCAAGCAAGAAUGCAGGAGAGAUGAUUGACAAGUUGACAAUGACAUUUAACCGUACAAGACAAGCUGUUAUCACUAAGGAGUUGAUUGAAAUCAUUUCAGGAGCUGCUGCACUUUAAUAUAAACAUUAAAUAAGAGAUCAUUGUUAAGAAAAUUUAUUUUAUAGUUCUCAUCUAUAGGACAAUAAGGAGCUGAAUGAUUGGAAUUUUCUAAUGUCUACAUUCUGUUAGUGUAUAUUUUCCACUAAGUAUGGAGACAUUAAAUUCAAAUUGGCGUUUUUCAAUAGAAUUUAUUUCUGUUUUGCAUUCAUACUUAACUAUGCAUUAUACUACAUUGAUUAAAAAUCAGAGCUGUAAUUGUCAGUGCCAUUUCUGUUGUAUUAUGUAAUAACAUAUUUAUUGAUAGCUGUACAAAAAAUACAUGAAUAAUUUUAUUUUAAAAAGAUAUCCAAAUCUGAGUUACUGAGCGUGACUAUAUAAUGUUAUGAUAAAUAUUAUUUAUAGUUUUUUUAAGUAUUAUACUUUUGUUUUUAAUUAUUUAAAAUAUGUUUUUCUGUGCAUUAGAAAUUUAAAACAUAUUGUUGGGAUUUCAGUACUAAAUUGAAAUUGUGUGUAAUAUUUCCUUUAAUGUUUCCUUAAAAAAGUAUGGACCUAUACAAUGAUAUUCAGUUAUUUAUUAAAUCAAUUGUAUAAUA